GGAGGUGGCGGCGGCGAGCGCCUCCCCCCUGUCCGCCCGCCCAGCGCCGCGCAGCGCCCGGAGCAUGGAGCCUGCCUGAGCGGCGCGGCUCGGCUCGGCUCGGCGGGCUCCGGCGGCUGCUGCUGCUGCUGCUGCUGCGGCGGCACAACAUGGAGGCGGCGCCGCCGCCGCGGCCGCUGCUGCUACUGCUGCUGCUGCUCCUGCCCCGCGACUCGGGCUCGGCCGCGGCCUCUCCACUUCUGCUUUUUGCCAACCGUCGGGAUGUUAGACUGGUGGAUGCUGGAAGAACAAAGCUGGAGUCUACAAUUGUAGUCAGUGGCUUAGAGGAUGCUGCUGCAGUUGACUUUCAGUACUCACAAGGCAUUGUCUUCUGGACAGAUGUGAGUGAAGAAGCCAUCAAGCAAACCUACAUUAACCAAACUGGAAAUGUGGUGCAGAACGUUAUUAUUUCUGGUCUGGUUUCCCCGGAUGGCCUGGCAUGUGAUUGGAUUGGGAGAAAACUGUACUGGACAGACUCAGAAACCAAUAGGAUAGAGGUAGCUAAUCUCAACGGUACAUCAAGGAAAGUUCUCUUCUGGCAAGACCUGGACCAGCCCAGAGCAAUAGCUUUGGAUCCAGCACAUGGGUAUAUGUAUUGGACAGACUGGGGUGAAACACCCAGAAUAGAACGGGCAGGAAUGGAUAGCAGCACACGGAAAAUAAUUGUUGAUUCAGACAUUUAUUGGCCUAAUGGACUCACGAUAGAUCUUGAGGAGCAGAAACUGUACUGGGCUGAUGCAAAGCUGAGUUUCAUUCAUAGAGCAAAUCUGGAUGGUUCCUUUAGGCAAAAGGUUGUUGAAGGUAGUCUCACUCAUCCGUUUGCGCUGACCUUGUCUGGGGACACGCUGUAUUGGACAGAUUGGCAGACUCGCUCCAUUCAUGCCUGUAACAAAAGGACUGGAGAAAAAAGGAGAGAAAUAUUGAGUGCACUUUACUCCCCAAUGGACAUCCAGGUCUUGAGUCCAGAGCGACAGCCAUACUUUCAUACUCCCUGUGAAGAAAAAAAUGGCGGCUGCUCCCACCUGUGCCUUCUGUCUCCCAGAGACCCCUUCUACAGUUGUGCCUGUCCCACUGGAGUGCAGCUGGAACAUGAUGGCAAGACUUGUAAAGCAGGUGCUGAGGAAGUCUUAUUGCUUGCAAGAAGGACAGAUUUGCGAAGAAUCUCCUUGGACAUGCCAGAUUUCACUGAUAUCAUUCUACAAAUAGAUAAUAUCAGGCAUGCAAUUGCAAUAGAUUACGAUCCUGUUGAAGGAUAUAUAUAUUGGACUGAUGACGAUGUCAGGGCGAUUCGUCGGGCCUACCUCGAUGGCUCUGGAGCACAGACCCUAGUGACCACAGAAAUCAACCACCCUGAUGGCAUAGCAGUGGAUUGGGUGGCUAGGAACCUGUAUUGGACUGACACAGGAACAGAUCGCAUUGAAGUGACUCGAUUGAAUGGGACAUCCAGAAAGAUCCUGAUAUCUGAAAAUCUAGAUGAACCCAGGGCAAUAGUGCUGAAUCCUGUGAUGGGCUACAUGUACUGGACAGACUGGGGUGAAAGUCCAAAGAUUGAGUGCGCUUAUCUGGAUGGCUCAGAGAGGAGGGUCCUGGUAAACACUUCCCUAGGCUGGCCCAAUGGCUUGGCACUGGAUCUUGAAGAAGACAAACUCUACUGGGGAGAUGCAAAAACGGACAAAAUUGAGGUCAUAAAUGUUGACGGAACAAUGAGGAAGACCCUCCUAGAAGAUAAACUGCCACAUAUAUUUGGGUUUACGCUGCUGGGGGACUACAUCUAUUGGACAGACUGGCAGAGGCGAAGCAUUGAAAGAGUUCACAAAACAAGGGCAAGCAGGGAUAUCAUAAUAGACCAGUUGCCAGACCUAAUGGGUCUCAAAGCAGCAAGUGUCACCAAAGUGUUUGGAACCAACCCAUGUGCUGAGAAUAAUGGCGGGUGCAGCCACCUGUGUUUCUUCACACCUCAGGAGACCAGAUGUGCUUGUCCCUUAGGACUGGAGUUGCUGAGUGACAUGAAGACCUGUAUCAUCCCUGAAGCCUUCCUGGUUUUCACUAGCAGAGCAGCAAUCCAUAGGAUUUCCCUUGAAACCAACAAUAAUGAUGUAGCUAUUCCUCUUACCGGAGUCAAGGAGGCAUCCGCUUUGGAUUUUGAUGUGUCAGAUAACAGAAUCUACUGGACAGAUAUUAGUUUGAAGACCAUAAGCCGAGCUUUCAUGAAUGGGAGCUCUGUGGAGCACGUCAUUGAGUUUGGGUUAGAUUACCCUGAGGGAAUGGCUGUGGACUGGAUGGGAAAGAACCUUUACUGGGCAGAUACUGGAACUAACCGAAUUGAAGUUGCACGCCUGGAUGGACAAUACAGACAGGUUCUUGUGUGGAAAGAUUUAGAUAACCCAAGGUCUUUAGCUCUUGAUCCUACUAAAGGGUACAUGUACUGGACUGAAUGGGGAGGUAAACCAAGGAUUGUUCGGGCAUAUAUGGACGGAACAAAUAGCAUCACUUUGGUGGACAAAGUGGGACGUGCCAAUGACCUAACUAUUGACUAUGCAGACCAAAGGCUAUAUUGGACAGACUUGGACACAAGCAUGAUUGAGUCAUCAAACAUGUUAGGUCAAGAAAGGGAAAUAAUAGCAGAUGAUCUGCCUCAUCCAUUUGGAUUAACCCAAUACAGUGAUUACAUCUACUGGACAGACUGGAACCUUCAUAGUAUAGAAAGAGCCGACAAGACAAAUGGAAAGAACCGAACACUAAUUCAGGGCCACCUGGAUUUUGUGAUGGAUAUAUUGGUCUUCCAUUCAUCACGCCAGGAUGGCUUAAAUGACUGUGUGCAAAAUAACGGACACUGUGGUCAUUUGUGCCUUGCCAUACCCAAUGGGUACAGAUGUGGCUGUGCUGCUCAUUAUGCCUUGGACCCCAACAGCAGGAAUUGCAGUUCACCCAGCAGCUUCUUACUGUUCAGCCAAAAGUCUGCAAUCAGUCGGAUGAUCCCAGAUGACCAGCAAAGUCCAGAUAUCAUCCUCCCUAUGCAUGGGCUAAGAAAUGUCAAAGCCAUUGAUUAUGAUCCCUUAGACAAACUGAUUUAUUGGGUGGAUGGACGUCAAAACAUAAUUAAAAGAGCAAAAGAUGAUGGUACCCAGCCCUUCACUGUUAUGAGCACUCCAAACCAAAGCCAGAAUCCAGAGAAGCAACCACAUGAUCUGAGCAUCGAUAUUUAUAGUCACACCUUAUAUUGGACCUGCGAGGCCACAAAUUCAGUCAAUGUCCACAGGCUGAAUGGUGAGGCAAUUGGAAUGGUGUUACGAGGAGAUCAUGACAAGCCAAGAGCCAUAGUAGUUAAUGCAGAGCGAGGGUACAUGUACUUCACUAACAUGCAAGAACGAGCCCCGAAGAUCGAGCGUGCAGCCCUGGAUGGCACAGAGAGGGAAGUGCUCUUUACUACUGGGCUGAUCCGACCUGUUGCACUAGUAAUUGACAACAAGCUUGGGAAACUCUUCUGGGUGGAUGCAGAUCUCAAACGCAUCGAAAGCUGCGAUUUGUCAGGAGCGAACCGUGUGACCCUGGAGGACUCCAACAUCCUGCAGCCAAUGGGCCUGACUGUUUUGGGGAAUCACUUGUACUGGAUUGAUCGCCAGCAGCAGAUGAUUGAGAGAGUUGAGAAAACAAAUGGAUCCAGGAGGUCGCGGAUCCAAGGUCGAAUUGCUCACCUGACAGGCAUUCAUGCUGUGGAAGAGCUCGAUAUGGAAGAAUUUUCCGCACACCCCUGCUCCCGUGACAAUGGUGGGUGUUCACACAUCUGCAUUGCAAAAGGGGAUGGAACUCCAAGAUGCUCGUGCCCAGUGCACCUUGUACUUCUACAGAACCUCUUAACAUGUGGAGAACCUCCAACUUGUUCCCCAGAUCAGUUUACCUGUGCAACUGGUGAGAUUGACUGUAUCCCAAUGGCAUGGCGGUGUGAUGGCUUUCCAGAAUGUGAUGAUCAGAGUGAUGAAGAUAGCUGUCCCAUCUGCUCUGCAGCCCAGUUUCAGUGUGAGAAAGGGCAGUGCAUCGAUGCCCGCUUGCGAUGUAAUGGAGAAAUUGACUGCCAAGAUAAAUCCGAUGAGGCAGAUUGCGAUACAAUCUGUCUUCCAAAUCAGUUUCGAUGUGCCAGCGGUCAGUGCAUCCUCAGAAAACAGCAGUGUGACUCCUUUCCAGAUUGUAUUGAUGGUUCUGAUGAGCUCAUGUGUGAAAAAAAUAAGCCACCUGCAGAUGAGCCUCAGCCUCACAGUAGUGCUAUUGGACCUGUGAUUGGUAUCAUACUGUCCCUUUUUGUCAUGGGAGGAAUGUAUUUUGUUUGCCAGAGAGUAGUAUGUCAGCGCUAUGCUGGACCCAAUGGACCUUUUCCACAUGAAUAUGUCAGCGGUACCCCCCACGUCCCUCUUAAUUUUAUAGCUCCAGGGAGUUCUCAGCAUGGCACUUUUACUGGUAAGGACGGUAUCUCUUGUGGCAAGUCUAUGAUUAGCUCCAUGAGCCUCAUGGGAGGAAGUAGCGGUGCCCCUCUUUAUGACCGAAACCAUGUUACUGGAGCCUCUUCUAGUAGUUCAUCGAGCACGAAAGCCACUUUCUACCCACAGAUUUUGAACCCACCUCCUUCCCCAGCCACCGAUCGCUCCUUAUAUAACACAGAGAUGUUCUAUUCCUCAAACAUUCCUUCGACGACAAGAUCUUACAGGCCCUACCUUAUACGAGGGAUAGCUCCACCCACAACACCAUGCAGCACAGAUGUGUGCGACAGUGACUACACCACAAGCCGGUGGAAGACCAACAAGUACUACAUAGACCUAAACUCAGACUCAGACCCUUAUCCCCCUCCCCCAACGCCUCGCAGUCAGUACAUGUCGGCAGAAGAAAGUUGCCCACCAUCUCCUGCCACGGAGCGAAGCUACUUUCACCUCUACCCCCCUCCACCAUCUCCUUGUACAGACUCCUCAUGACCUCAACAGAAGGAACUUGUCUUUUUCUGUAAAUAUUUUUAAAUAUGAACAAAGAUUUAAAAAUAUAUAUUUUAUGAUUUUAAAAAAGAAAUAGGGGUGGGAGUUUUAAGAAAAAAAGAAAAGGAAAUGUGAAUAAAAAGGGGUGGGGUGGGGUGGGCCUGUGAAAAUGUGUACAGUGGAAGAAUAUUUAUAAAUUUGAGGUUUUUUUAACUUAAUUUCCAUUGUUUUGUGCCAUAUUUGCCUUUUUUUUUAAUUGAAGUCAUGAGAUUGACUUUGACUUUCAAGGGUUUGGGGGUGGGGGGCGUGGAAUGUUGAGCCUUGUAGGGGGGUUUUAAGUCACCUUUUUAAUUCUGUAAAGUAUGUGUGUAAUUCUUUCAUUAAUGUGACAAAGAAGCAAUCAGUGGGAGCGGCACACUAAAAAGAGAAAGUGAUUAGCAAGGCUGACUAAAGAUUUAUUUGAAAAAAGCGCACAGCAUUUUUGCUCCCAAAAAUGUCAUUAAAAAAAUCACCAAAAUUGAGGGGUGGUUGGUUUGGGAAAAUUAAUUUAAAAAUGAAAACCCUCUGUCCUGAGUGCUGGCUCUUGCAAUCAAACUGGUUGCUUCCCAGAGGAAUCUAUGCACUAAGGCAGACCUGAGUUCUGAAUCUUGCACUCAGCAUUUGGCACUCUCCCUGGUUUGACUAGGUGAAACAAGAUUUUCCAUCCCUAGCAGCCUUCCAUCCGUUCCCUAGCUGCCACUUCCUUCAAGGUGGGCAUGUAGCCAUAGAGCAAUAACAUGAGAGAAACUAUGGGGUUAGGCAGGAAGAAGCUGCAAAGGCCAGUUUUUCUCUUUCCUAAAAAAUGGUAUCAGUUUAGUUGCUUCGGCCUCUACCAAAUCUGGAAUUCAUAGUCUGUUUCCGGGUCUUUAUCCCCCACCCCCCCAACCUUUGUAAGUUCAGCUCUGUGAAUUACUUCAGUUCCAGAUGUCCAGAUCCCCACAUGGGUUAUUCCAUUGAUAUGUUAGUUUGUAUUUAUUUAAAAUGGAAAGUUUUAAGAUGAAAUCUAUAGAAGAUUGUAUAGGUAGCGACUUAAAACAAAAAAUCCAUUCAAGCACAUGUGAUUUUAGUCAUGGUCUUAGGAAAAUUUGCCAGAAAAUGAGUUUAACUUCACUAAGAGGCAGCAAGAAUUGAGAGACUUUCUUUAAUGUAUGCUUUCUCUUUCUGAAACAUAUAUAAACUGCUGUAAUGCCAGGACAAUGCCACCAAGAGGCCUGUUUCAACAUUUAGCCCUCAGCCCUUAGCUGGGCAUCUCUGAACUUCUCUCACUAGACCUGGAGACAUUAACUUUUUUUUUUCCUUGCUGUAAUAAAAAGGCAUCAUAUGGCACUUUCAGAAACUCAGUUCUUACAUUGAUAGCCAAGAUGUGGACACGUGAUCAAGGCACACCAAGGGAAGAGCUGGGGAGUCUAUUUCUGCAGCUGUUUUUACAGCUGCUGAUCCACAAAUGAAUUGGGCCUUUGACAGCCUUGACGCUGUUGACAGCAGUGAAAACUUUUACUUCUUUAACUCAAAUUCAAUUUUUUUAGCAAGUCUUUCUUUUUUUUUAAAGUGAGUGACGAUGCAAGUGGGAUAGAAUCCUAUACAUUGUAGUCAAGUACAGUACAGUCAAGUCUGUCACCCACUCCUGAUGGAUUUUUAUUCACAACCAUGUGAUCCUGCUCUGUUCUCAUAUGUUGCAGCAAGCUCUUCCUGCUCUUGCUUCUACAGGAAUAGAUUUUUGUUUGCCACUGUGGGUGUGUUACUAAAACUUGCAAGAGGAACUUGGCUUUAUUCACCUACACUAUAAAAUUCCCAGACGUUCAUAUUUGGAUUUGGUCCAGAAAAGAGGCUCAUUUCUUGCAAGGAGAAAGAGAGAACAGUGUAUCAGGAUCUACCAUCAUUUUUCAGGCCUGGCCUUUACUAGGAAAAUUGGAAAAUGUUUCCCCCCCCCCCCCCCCCCCCCCACAUGAACCUUAGCAGUUCUGCAGUGUGUCAGGAGAAAGGAGGACAUAGCGUCUGUUAACCUCUGAGCGACUCAUGGCAGAUCUCUGAAUAACAGCGUGAACCCUUUGGCUAAAUGAAGAGCAUGUUUCAUAUGAACACGUUUCAGUUAUUGAGAUUGUGAAUGCAAGCUAAUGGCUGCUUAUACAUAUUGUUUCCUUCUUAGAAAUAAGGGCUUGUUGUGUGUUACAGCAGUUGGAGAUGAGAUGCUAGUUUCUCAUGUUGUUGUCUUUAAUUUUGUGCAUGAUCAUCAUUCUUCUUUUGUAAUGAAUCCAUUAUUUUAGCUAUGUCACGUAGUUCUUGCUUAGGAAACUGCAAUGUUACAUUUCCUGUGUUCUUGUGAUGACACUGGAUGCAAUACUACAUGGAUGUUUUAUAAACCACUGAUCAUUUGAAGAGAAAAACCACACUUUUUGCUUUAUCCUAACCACUCUGUCUGAAGAUUUGUAUCCUAUUAGGAGGUUUGGGAUUGAAUUUGAAGGAAUUGUAGCAAUUGCUGAGAUUUACUGAGUUCUUUGGGGUCAAAUUCAGAUCUGGUGUAUGAUUUGCAUUGGCCCUGAGUGUUUAAAACCUGGGAAACACGUCUGGCUGUGUGGGAAUAAACUAAGGCCAUGUGAUGGUCAACAGCCUAGUUUCUAAUUUCUGAGCUCCUUGACUAGCUUGCUGAGAAAUUACCUCAUCUGAGAUGCUUGAGGAUUAAUGGUCAGUAUCUGAGACUAUUUUAAAAAUUCCACCCUGCUUUAUUGUCAUUGGUUUAAAUACUGUACCCUAAAAAAGUAAGCAUUUUCCCUAAGUAAUAGAAUAUAGACAUUGUUUCUGAUUACUGAAGACCACAUACAUCUAGCAUAGGGUUCCCACAGCAGCAGUGUCAGAGAUGAAGACCUAUUUGGGAAAGAGGAGAUUCUUCUUGGAAGUAUGUCAUAGUUUGUUCCUAGUGCAAUAGGUUUCCUACCUUGUGAACUCUCAGUUGCUGUGGCAAAACAAAACAGGUUUGAUUUUCCCCUAAAUCAGUGAGGAAGAGAGCUAGAAAGGAAUUGUUAGGUAGCAAAUUAUGACAAUUCAGCAUUGUCUGAGAGGAAAACAAAAUGUGCAAAAGUACUUUUUGAUAGCUUGUAUAUGUAUAAUUUUACCAACCCAAGCUUACUUUGGGGAAGAUGACAAGUGUUUUGAAUUCUCUCGCCAAAAACCUGCAGGGAGAUGCAUGCAUUUAGAUUGCCUCCUUUUGAGCAUCUGAGGGCUUAAAUCAGUUUAGCCUUUAAAUUUUAUAUUUUUAUUGAGAUUGAUUCACUAUUGCAGCAUAUUAUCACUUCAGGUAAUUUACAUUAAGACAGCCCCAUCUCUGGAGAAGAACUAUUAAUCCUGUGCCAUGUGGGACAGAUGUGCUGAGAGUGGGGAGAGAAUGAAAAAGAGUGGGGAUUUGUCUGUCCUCUACCGGUGACAAAAAUGAGGUUAGGUUUUCUCUUUAUGGGAAUUGGCCCAGUUACCGCUAUUGAUGUAGAUGAAGUAAGGUGAAGCUAUCACGUAGACAGUCAGAGCCCCUGUAAGCCACAACUUGCACCAGUGGAGUUUGGUCUGGUUUCAGGGCAAAUCAUGACUUUCAGUAGCUUCAUUUCCAAUUUGAGUAAACUCCUGACCAGUAAAAAUCCUUGGUGUAUAUAAGCAGACAAGGUUCUUUGGGUGAAUCUGAUAUUUUAUAUAAAGCUUUGGUGUAUAUAAAGCCUUUAAUGUACUGAUGGUGGUUUAUUUGGAAAUUUGGGCUAAGUACUGCCUGGAGUGCUAUCGUACUCCCAAGAGACGUCCAAAGAGCCAAGAUAAAUACAUAUAUCUAUGCUACCUAACUGGGAUGCUUUCCUCCUGGUAGUGCCACAGUUUGUGACAUCCUUGGUAGAAAGAUCAGCUACUUGCACACCAGAGGUUGGUCUCGUACUGUUACCUGGAAGGUGAAAAUAAAGGAGUUGGUUGAAAUGAGCAAAAAUAAAUGUGUUCUUUUAAAUAUUUUCUUUAAAAAAAAAAUCUGAAUUACAUUUUCUUUUCAUCAAAAUGUAUUUUGACUACAUGAUAUAGAAGCCACUUCAGUUUAGUUUUGUAUUUCUUUCAGAGUUUCAACAGGAAAAUAAAUGCUGCUUUUUUCCUUUGUGGUAAUUCUCUCUCUCUCUCCCUUUUUGAAAUGCCCAGUUUUGAGGCUAUUAUGCAAUACAGCCCAAAUGUAUAGAAGCUAGUGGUCCUCUAUCUGUUUAAUACUCUCCCACUUUCUUCCAGACUUAAGACUUACUUUAUGCCAGCUGAUACCUCCUGCCUGUUGGGGCUUGCUGCAUCCAAUCUCUGUGGAGCAUUAGUGUGCAAUACUUAACAGGAAUCCAGAAUCAGUGGCACACAGGAGCCCUACUUAGAGGCUUAUGAUUAAUGGGUGGAUCCAUAUCCAGUUGAUGACAAUGGAAAGAUUUCCAUUUACAUCAAUGACUAUUGAAUCAAGGCUUAAGUUAGGGAGAGAAGUCAUAAUAAACCAGCUACAAGAGCCUACUGUAAUCAGUGCUUGUGCGCUUUCCAGUGAUUAAUAACCACAGAUAUAAUUUGCACUUCUUGUUUCCUCUGAGCAUUUUUAAAGGUGCAUCUCCUCUGAUCCCAGUUACUUUGAUGGACCAUGAGGCUAAACCACUCCAAGUGAGUAACUUGUGCUUCAUAAUUGAGCUACAACUGAUAUCCAUUAAUGUCAGGAAAUGAAAACAAGGCAGGCAUGUUCCCAAUAAUUAAAAACACACAGAAGUGCUUGGCACGGAGCCCUGAAUUAGAAAUACCAUUUUUGAUGUUAGGCAGCACUCAGGGACAUGCUAUAACUUCCAUAUUUGGACAGAGCCUCAUAUACAUGCUGCCACAGUCAAAGGGGAUUUUGGUUUAGAGAUCACAGUUAUUCCACAGUUUAUGGGUUUAAGAGAUUUAGAGCAAGUUCCUCAAUAAAAAAUUGACUACAAUGUAAAAGACUGAAAGAAAAUUGAGGACAGAAAAGGCAAGUUAACUGGCUACAGAAUAACCAAUAGACUUUGCUACAGAAACAGUCAGUCGCUGAUGGUUCUAAUGCAGCUGUGCGUUUUCCAAUACUGUGCUACGUAUUUACAUUCUGCAUUGCCAGGGACUUAAAAAGCCUUUUUCUUAAGCUGUUUUUCUGAGUUUAAUAGGAAAGUAUCAGUUUCACAAAUGUAAGAGGUGACUGAAAUGAGUAUUAUUAUGCACAAAUAUUUUGUAGAUCCUGUAUUUUUUCAUCCCUGUUCUGCUUUCUGUAAACACUUUAGACAGUAUUCUUGUUUCUUUUGAGGAUGGCCAAAUGCUCUGUGGCAUUAUGGCUCCUUCUGAAAUAGCUUGUUUCCCCACUCUGUGUUGAACCUGAUGGUAAAGUGGGUGGAAGUUAGUCUGACCUCUGUCCCAUAAGCAAAUUCCAGCUCCUCCAGGUUUUGAGAUCCAAAAUCCAGUCCCAUGCCAAUAUUCUUCUAACUUUUAUCUGGUCCAUGGACAUCAAUGAGUUGCAACGACAUAGGGUUUUAUCCCGAUAAUUUUAAUAAGAGCUGAUUUCACUGAGUGUUGGAUCAGACUCUUACUGCACUAACAUUACUGAUCAGUCCUAUACAGAGUUUUUUAUAUUGACAAAUGAAUACAGAGAUAUGUCUGUGUUGUGUUUUCAGAGGGAGAAAACAGAUUUGAUAGCUACAAUAGGUGACAAACUUAUAUGCCAGCAUUUAUGUUUUUGGAAAUUACAUACUCAAUUAAAAUACUUUUCUCCACAAAAGAACAAAUUGUUCUUUCAGGACAGCGAAUCACCCUUGUUUCUUAGUAAUAUCUCUCUGUGCUGAAGAGAGGGGUACUCUAGCUCAAAAAAUUGUGGAAAAACGCUCUGUAAAUAGGUGUUGAGAUAUUUGGUUGCAACUAAAAACAAAACCAGUUGCUAUUAAAUGGAACCUUAUCAGUCUGACACAGAUAAAAUUAAAUUGUCUAAAGUAUGAGUAAUGUUUUGCUGUUGUAUGUGAAAUUUGGAGGGCAUUGUAAAACAGAAAUCUAACCUGGACUGCUUUCUUACUUAUCUAAAUGUACUGCAAUUGCUGCUAAUGUAAAUGUUCGUGAAUAUACAAAGAUUAACAAGAUUUUUUUUAUGAUUAAAAAGAAUCCCACACAAUCUUACUUUUAUAUUUAUAUUAAAAUGUGUAUUCUGCAAACAGCCUAAAUAUUGUAGCUUUAUACUUGUAUCAUUUUGUACAAUUAAUUCUUUCAGAAGAAAACCAAACCAAUAUUUAAGUGCCUUGGGUAUUUUGAACAUCUCAGCAUAUUGACUGGGGAAAAACAAAGCCUUAAAUCACAAGUGCCCCCUAUAUCACUUGUUGACUGUACUUUGUUGGAUAGGGUUUUUUUAAACUUUGCAGUUUACCGCAUUUUAUUGUGCUGGGCCCCAUUCAUUCCAAACAAAGAUACACAAGGAUCAUGGAAUGAGAUUUAAUGUAUUUUGUAUUCCUAAAUGUGGAAGCUAAUAAUAAGUGCUAUUUUGGGAGUAAAUGCUACUUAAGUAAUUGGAAAUAUUCUGUUACUUUUUUAUCAAUUACAUUGCUCCAGGUGUAUUUUGGUUGUAUACUUAUUUCUUCUCUGGAUUUUGUUUUUUACCUUUUUCAUGAACGAUUUUGCUCACCAUUAAAAAUACAUAAUGUUAAUUUAAGCAGAUACCAAUAUCUUAUUUUGGGAUUAAAUUAACAUUAUUUUCAGGUUGUCACUAAUUUUGUAUUAAUACCAUGCAGAUUAAGUUUUGAUUCAGAAACACGAGUUAUUCAAAAUUAUUUUUCAGACAAUGGUUUUGUAGCGUAAACAUGAUUUUUUUUUUUAAACCUGCUGAAAUUAGCCUUUAAAAACACUUUAUGGAAGGCUAGCAAUGGCAGUAAGCAAACAAUUUGAAUAUUAUCUAUUUUCAGGCCCAGAAAUUACAAAUUGCAAUGGUUUUACUUUCAUGUCAUCAAUACCCAAGUUUUGUUUGAAGUAACUGGCUUUAUGUAUAAAUAUCUGUAAAGUUAACAAAUUCUGCAUUUGUACUAUAGAUUUUGUGGAUUUUGUUUUAUAAUAAAUAUUUUUAAAAGA